AUACGCGCGUAUGUCAAGUAUUUUGUAAAACUAAUUACGAUUGGUUACCGUAUUCCUGUAAAGUUAUUCUAUUGGUUAGAUUUUUCUCGUAUAAUUCUUAUUGAAUAAAAUCCACCAACACCUUUUUGCGAAUGAAAUUUUAGGGAAAUAGAAACGUGGUUCGAGGAAAUCAUACUUAGGAACACAAUUUGAAUUCGAUCAAGUUUACGAAACAGUCUGAAGUCGUUAGUAUCAUUGAAUGUUUAAAUUUGAAUUGCACAGACUUUUUACACAUAUUUAUGUUGUAUGCGUAACGUAUGUUUUAUAGUGAUAUAUUUAUUAUUUAUAAACCAUCAAUCUAAAACAUUAUGGAUUCUGACGUGGAAAAACUUCAAAGUCUACUGCUCGACACCAAUCUUCCAUCGACCAUACACGAUCUCAGAAAUCCAACAGAAGAUUUUGUUAUAAAUUUAAUUGUAACAUUUUUAACAUGGUUUAAGAUCGACAUUAAUUCAAUUAACAAGCCCACUUUCGAACAGCAAGUAGUUAUGUCGUGUAUAGAAGAUACUGACAUUGUAAGCAUUAUUAAUUUACAUGUAAUAAUGAGACAAAUAUGUGACCGAAUAUUUAUAAAAGAUUUUUGUAUAAGUGAUAUUACUAAUUGCGGCUCCAAAAGAAUACGUAAAUUUGCAAGAUAUUUAGCUAAUUUUAUACUUUAUGCAACUAAUAAAGAAUCGGAUAUGGAAGAUAUCAUAAAAGAAAUUCAUAGCAAAGCUAAAAAAUUGGAAGAAUUACAAGAAAGGAAAAAAAGUAUACUAACGAUAAAAAAUGAGAAAGCAAUGAAUAUUGCCAAGCAAUUAUCUUUAAAGGAAAAGUAUGAAAUGGAAAUACAGCAAAUGCAGUCACUUAUUGAGGACAAUGAAACAAGGAAACUUGAACUACAGGAAGAGAUGAUUGUUAUAGAAGAGAAGAGACAAAAAGUAGUGGAAGAUUAUAAUACUCACAAACUUGAAGCUCAAAGGCUUGAUAAAACAAUAGCAGAACUGAAAUUGGAGGUAGUGAAAUCUCCGGAAGAAUAUAAAACUCGUUUGUAUAAUUUGGAAGAACAGAAUAAAGCAAAAAUUGAAGAGCGAGAAAAAAUGCAAGAAACAUUUUUAGCUAAAAACGAGUUAGUUAAAAAAUAUGAGAACAUAUUAUCUUUUGUACAAAAACAAUAUGAGAAAUUCUCAGAAAUAAGAGAUAUAUAUGGACAUUUAAAGAAAACAAAUAUUCAAGGAGAAAAUAUUAAGAAGCAAGUUGAUACGAUGAAAAACGAUAUUACUGAAUUAAUUAAAAAACACAAAAUGCAAGAAGAUCAUCAAGGGUCUACUAUCGAUGAGAUUCAUGCACAAACCAAAGAAAGAUUAACUGCAGUCCGUGAAUUACAUGCACAAUUAUUAAGUAAUAAAAAGUUGGCACUAGUUAAAUUGGAAGAAAAUAAAGUAUUAUAUAAUGAUUCAUGUAUGGAUAAAAAUAAAAUCAAAGAUCUCGUUAAAAAAAUAGAAGGAGAAACAUCUGCUUUUAUUAAGAAUUGUCAAGAACUUUAUAAUAAUGAAAUUCGAAAUGAAAUCAAUUUACAAAAAUGUUUCAACAAAGCUUGGGAGGAGUCACAUAAUACCGUAGAAUAGUUUUUUAAAACAUUUGAAAAUAGAGUUUAAAAAAAAUAUAAAUUUAUGUCAUUAAUUUUUAUUUUUCGUUUCAAUAGAGUGAUUAAAUAACAAAAUAACAGUGUAACAUCUUCAUAAAUAAAUUACAUUACAGUAAAGAACGAAGUUACAUAAAUUCUAAUAUAUGUAUAUAUAUAUAUAUAUAUAAUAUUCUUAAAGAAGGGAAUUGGUUAAUAUGUAAGUAGCUAAUGAUUGUAUAUCUUUGUAUGUUUAUAUAUUGUAACGGCUCGCUAAAAUAUAUAACUUUAAUUAAUAAUAGGAUAAAAUAAAGAAGAGAAUAAAUAAAUUUCUACAAAAGUUACAUGUAAUUUUGUAAAAUUAUUAAAAUUGAUGAAAACUGAAAAUAAGAUAAUAAUAAAAAUCAUGAAUAAUUUAAACUAAGCAAAGCAAAGAGCAUGUAUAUAAGAAAUAAUAAUAAGUCUAAAAACAAAGAAUAAUUGCCUCUAAUAAUUUAAUGAAUAAACGUAUGAGAGGGUUGAUUACUUCGGCCGUUUUCUUUUCUCUUUCCUCCUGCCGCGAUUUUUAUACUCACUAUGAAUUUUAUAUUGUGAUAACAUUUAAAAAAAAAAAAAUAGCUUAAGCGAAGCGUUACAAUAUUUCUGAAUAAAUCAUUUAUAUAGAAUUUAAAUACUAUUAUAUAUUUAACUUGUGAGUUAUCAUGUAUAUUAUAUACAAUUGUGUAUACAUAUUAACAUUUACACUUAUAUUAUUAUUGUUAACAAAGAAAAUUUUAUAAUAAUAACAUGAAUGAGAAUUUAUAUAUGAAUCAUCAUUUUCUUCAAUAACUCUGUUUGUACUUGUAUGUCAAUAAG